AUGCUCGUAGCCCGUGCCCAGAGUGCCACGACUUCUCCUCUCCAUCGCCGCUGCCUCCCGCUCCUGCGCACGGAGUUUACCAUCUUGAAUCAGCUGAGAGACUUGCAGCACCCAUCGCCUCUUUCGGGGAUGAACACCACUCCGGAUCUGCUACUCGUCAACAAGCGCACGCCUCUUUCGGAGAGGAAUACAACUCCGGAUCAGGGCGGCGGCGGUGACGAGGAUGCCGCCAAGCGCAAGCUCUCCAACCCGAUCCUCGCGCGUGUCGUCGUUGGUCGCAAACUUUCGAAACCUCGCCAGAAGCCCGUCUCAGAGCGGCCCAUCCUCAGGAUGCGCGGCGACAGGGAGGCCAGGUACCGAAGCCAAUCUACUGGACACUAUCAGACGGAUUUGCUAGCUUCUCGCAAAGAGAAGUUCAAUGAUAUUAGCCCUCAGGCGGGCUUCGAGGAGGAUCUGUACGCUGCUAUGGCGCUGUCUGGCACCAAGGCUCAGGUCCUCGAGAUGCAUAAGGACCGUUUGGAGGCAAAAGAAGAGUCCCCACCCUUCAACAAGCCGCGCGAGGCUACACCCGACCUCACCACCUUCACAAACAUCCAGAAGCGCGAAUGUCGCAUGACACAAUGGGACAUCAAGUCCGCAGGCUACGAGAACAUCACCGCCGGAUGGCGUCGCAACUCACUCCAGUCCCACUGGUUCGCCUAUCCCGUUCAGUGGCUCACGCUUGAAGCGCAUCCUCCCCGAGACAGAAUGAUCGCCAACAGCUCUGUCAUGGACAAGAGCAUAUCACCAUCGCCAAAGAGUUACCGCAGCGACGACUUCGAGAACACAUACAGUCCAGGCUCUGUCCUGGACAAGAGCAUAUCACCAUCGCCAAAGAGUUACCGCAGCGACGACUUCGAGAACACAUACAGUCCAGGCCGAUGGAACCAGUUUACUGACCCCAACAACACCACCGUCUUCAUCGGCGGCCUCUCCGGCUAA